AAAGCUUCUUCCAAAAAUUUCUUCUUUUUAUCUUUUUUUAAGGUCUGUUAUGGAUAAGUCUGUUCUGAGUCAAGAGCUUGUAUUCUUAAUCUUACAGUUCCUUAAAGAAGAGGGUUUAGAGGAAACUGCACACAAGCUUGAGCGUGACAGUGGCUUCUACUUUGACAUGAAGCAUUUCGAGGACAUGGUGCUUGCUGGGAAAUGGGACGACGCUGAGACAUAUCUUUCUGGGUUCACAAGGGUUGAUGACAACAAGUUCUCAAUCAAAAUAUACUUUGAAUUGAGGAAACAGAAAUUCCUUGAGACAUUGGACAUUAACGAUCGUGCCAAGGCUUUAGAUAUCCUCAUGAAGGAUCUGAAAGUUUUUUCCCAAGGUCAUGAAGAGCUAUUCAAUGAAAUGACUCAGCUUUUGACAGUUAAUAAUAUAAGGGAUCAUGCAUCACUUUCAACAUAUGGAGAUGCAAAUUCUGUGAGGAAGAUGGUUAUGGACGAUAUUAAGGGAGUCAUUAAGUCAAAUCCUGUGUUCAAAGGAAAGUUGAAAUUUCCUGCAAUUACCGAUCGGAGGUUACGCCAUCUUCUAAACCAAAGCUUAAAUUGGCAGCAUCUACUUUGUGAAGAUCCAGCUUCGGUGCCUGUUAUACAAUCCCUCUUUGUGAACCACAUUUGUAAACCAUCUUCGAACCUUUCAGCCCUGAAAUCAGAAGAAAGUAAUUCGUUGCAAAGGUCUGAUAAACAUUUGUCCAACUGUAGUUCCUACCCAUCUACCAUAACUGAUUCUCCACUCUUUCCUGCUGCACUAACAAAUCCAGUAUUCAUUUUAAUUCUUGCUUACAUUGAUAAUCGUCCUUGUCCUUCUGUAAAAACUGCAGUGGAUGUUCUGGAUCCUAAUGAAAUAUUUUUGAAAGGAAUUCCCUGCCAGGCUUCCAAUGAGGUGACGUCAGCCAUAGCAAAUGACCCUCCUGUAGAAGUUAUUCAGACAUUGAAAGAGGAUUCCCCUCCUGUUACCAUGGAUUUUCAUCCUACUUUGCAUGAAGUUCUUCUAGUUGGAACACAUAUUGGCAAUAUAGGACUUUGGGAUGUUAAUUAUGGUAAGAAAUUGUUCUCUAGAGAUUUUAGAGUUUGGAAUAUUGGAGCAUGCUCCAUCAAUUUCAAGAAGGCUCUGGAAAAGAACUUGUGUAUUUCAGUUAAGAAAAUCACGUGGAGCCCUUAUGGUUCACUGUUUGGGGUUGCAUUUUCAGAACAUAUUGUUCAAUUAUAUUCCUAUCAUGGUGGCAAUUGCUGCCAGCAUCUAGAAAUUGAUGCUCAUGAUGGCAGUGUCAAUGAUCUAGCAUUUUCCUCUCUUAAUAAUCAACUGUUGGUCAUAACAUGUGGAGAUGACAAGACCAUAAAGGUCUGGGAUGCUGUUAAUGGUGUCAAAUGUCAUACUUUUGAAGGUCAUGAUGCUCCUGUUUGUUCUGUUUGUCCUCGUGUGAAGGACCGUAUUCAUUUUUUUUUUUCAACGUCAAUCGAUGGGAAGAUUAAGGCAUGGUUAUAUGAUUGUCCGGAAGCCAGAGUUGAUUAUGAUGCCCCUGGUCAUGGAUACACUACAUUGGCUUACAGUACUGAUGACCGAAGGCUUUUUUCAUGUGGAAGUGGUAAAUUUGGUGAGCCAAAUCUUGUAGAAUGGGAUGAAAGUGAAGGAUAUAUAAAAAAAAUGUACAAGGGACUUAAGAAGCCAUGCUCAUCUACCAUCCAUUUUGAUUUAACUCACAAAGGACUUUUGGCUGCUGGUGAUGAUCAUAUGGUUAAAUUUUGGGAUAUGGACAAUAUUGAGCUCUGGACAAGCACUGAUGCCAAUGGAGAAUUACUAGAAUAUCCAUGCAUUCGCUUCAACAAGGAGGGAACAUUACUGGCUGUUGCUGCAAAAGAAAACAAAAUAAAAAUUUUAGCAAUUCACUAUGACAUUUUGCCAAAAUGGAAUGAAAUUCAUCCUGUUCAUGAACCCAGUAUUCUCCAUGACACCUUGGGAAAGAAUGGGUGCAAAAAAGGCUUGGAGGAUGUGAGAACUAAUUCAAUUGAAGAGUCCCAUAACAAAUCAAAGUAUUGGAAUGUUUCCGAAAUUUGUAAACCAUCCCAGUGCCAGUUCUUGCAGCUUCCUGUUCAUUCCAAAAUAAACAAGAUUGUUAGACUGAGUUACACCAAUGCGGGAAAUGGCAUUUUGGCAUUGGCAUCAAAUGGUGAUCAUCUACUUUGGAAAUGGCCACAGGAUAACCUUAACUUGGAUGGAAAGGCAACUACCCAAGUUUCUCCUCACAUCUGGCAACCAAGGAGUGUUUUGCAAUUGAUGAGAAAUGACCUUACAUUUACUAACAGUGGAGACCUAAUUUCCUCUUUUGCUUUGUCUAAGAACGAUUCAUAUCUCAUGUCAACAUCAGGGGGUAUAAUCUCCUUAUUCAACAUGUUGACGUAUAAGGCUGUGACAACUAUCGUGCCUCCAGCACCUAUGGCAACAACCUGUCUUGCUUUCUACCCUCAGGAUAAUAAUAUACUUGCCGUUGGUAUGGAUGAUUCCAGUAUACUUAUAUACAAUGUCCGUACAAAUAAGAUUGAAAUCUUGCUUGAGGGCCACUCAAAAAGAGUUACUGCCCUUGCCUUCUCAAGUAGUUCUAAUCUUCUUGUUUCUGGUGAUAUAAAUGCUCAGAUUGUUGUAUGGAAUACCAAUGGGUGGGGAAAACAGAAAGAUAGGUACUUGCAAAUACAUGGACAGCAGGUGCCAGAAGGACUAUCUGAAACUCACAUUCAGUUUCACCAGGAUCAGAAGCACUUCCUUGCUGUACGUAAUACUCAUCUUGCAACUUAUGAAGCAACAGAACUCAGAUGUGUCAACCAGUGGGUUCCAGAAGUUCCGGUGGUUAUCUCCCAAGCAACUUUCUCAUCUGAUGGCCAAACUGUGUAUGCCAGUUUUGUUGAUGGAACUCUGGCAAUAUUUGAUGCUUUCAAUUUUCAGAUGCAAUGUAGGAUUAAUCCCUCUGCUUACCUUUCUUCAACUUCAAGUUUAAGCAUCUAUCCACUUGCCAUUGCUGCGCAUCCACAGAAGCCGACCCAGUUUGCUGUGGGGCUCACAGAUGGUAGGAUUUUCGUAUUUGAGCCUCAGAAGCCAGGAGGUGAUUGGAGCAGCUCUGCACUUAAUGAUAAGGAGCCAAUGAACACCAGGUUUAUGAUGGGAGUGAGUGGGUUCUGAGGUGAAAUAGUCCAAAGGAAAAAUAACC